UAAAGGAAAAAAAAAAAAGAAAAGAAAAAUCCGGUGCCCAGUCUCACCCAGCUCACAGCUUAAAAGUAGCCUUUCCCAUCUCUCUCUUCCUUUACUCUUUUUCUUUCAAACCUCAGCUUAAUUCAGCUGAAAAUGGCACCUUCAUCUCCGCCACAAACACCGCCGUCCGCCGUGGUUAUUGUCCUCCUCUUACUCUUCUCCACGGCAUUGCUUUGUGAAUCAAGGUUAAGCUUAGAUUACUACUCCAAAACCUGUCCCAGUUUCACCAAAAUCAUGCAAGACACCAUAACCAACAAGCAAAUCACCAGCCCCACAACCGCCGCCGGUACACUCCGUCUAUUUUUCCACGACUGUCUUCCCAACGGUUGCGAUGGUUCCAUCCUCAUAUCUUCCACCGCAUUCAACAAAGCUGAACGUGAUGCCGACAUCAACUUAUCUCUCCCUGGAGAUCCAUUUGACCUCAUUGUUCGAGCCAAAACAGCCCUUGAACUCGCCUGUCCCAACACCGUCUCUUGCUCCGACAUCCUCGCCGUCGCUACUCGUGACUUAGUCACCAUGCUUGGUGGACCGUACUAUAAUGUUUAUCUGGGUCGCAAAGAUUCACGAGUUUCAUCAGCUUCUUCACUAGAAGGGAAGUUACCUAAACCCACCAUGAGUAUGUCACAACUUAUAAAUCUUUUCUCUUCAAGUGGGUUCACUGUUCAAGAAAUGGUGGCUUUAAGUGGAGCGCAUACAAUUGGGUUUUCUCAUUGCAAAGAGUUUAGCUCAAAUAUAAGCAAUGAUACCCAUUAUAAUCCUAGAUUUGCUCAAGCAUUGAAACAAGCUUGUUCAGGUUAUCCAAAUAACCCAACAUUAUCAGUUUUUAAUGAUAUUAUGACCCCCAACAAGUUUGAUAACUUGUAUUAUCAAAAUCUACCAAAGGGUUUGGGGCUUUUGGAAUCAGAUCAUGGAUUGUAUGGUGAUCCCAGAACAAAACCAUUUGUGGAAUUGUAUGCAAGUGAUCAAAACAAGUUCUUUCAAGAUUUCGCUAAAGCUAUGCAGAAGCUAAGUGUUUAUGGGAUCAAAACUGGGAGAAGAGGAGAGAUUAGACACAGGUGUGAUGCUGUAAACUGAGAGCGUUUUUUUAUCUUUGUUAAUUUUGGUUUGUUCUUUUGAGAUAUAUUUAUUAUACCCUUGUCUUUAUUUGUAUCAAUUGUCACAUCAGGCUUAAAAUUUAUACAUAUUUACAUAUUCUGUGUUCUGGGUUUCAAA